GCAAGCUCAACUGUUUUAUAUACAGAUAAUAUUGUAAGCAAAUGAAGAAACGCGCUAAAUGCUGACUAUCUUAUGAACUUUAUUCUUGUGCCAACUGCCGAGUUAUAACAGUGAACGUUUCUGCAGAAUAAAUAGAUCAUCGGCUAUGAAGACAUUUAUAAUACUUGGGUUCCUUAUUUACCUCACACUGGCAUUUAAUGGGCGCGAAUGGGAGAAUUGCAGAUGGGUAGUUCGAUACAGCGACAGUCAAUCGCACUAUAACGACGUUUCAUGCCAAACCACCUCUGUUGUCAAUGGAACAAGGUUAAACUUUACACCCAGGAAUCACUACCCAACAAGGAUCAUCUCUUUUACGCAUAGCAUCAUUCCUAUUUUACCUGCCAACUACUUUUCUACCUUCCCGCACCUAGAAAGACUCUUCUUGCACGGAAGCCGAAUAGAAAGAAUCGAACGUGAUGCUUUUUAUAAUCUCCGAAAUCUUGAAGACCUCACAUUAUACAAUAAUAGCAUCCAAGAAAUUAUUGAACAAACCUUUUUACCAGUAAGAAGGCUAAAAUUCUUAAAUUUAGCAAAAAAUAGACUCCAGAGUUUGAAUACUAAUUCCUUUUAUGGUUUAACGUCUUUGGAACGCUUAGAUUUAUCGUUCAACUUGUUUAGCAGAUUAAACUCAAACGUAUUUUGCAACACACCCUCUCUUAGGUGGUUAAAGUUGUCCAACAAUAAAUUGCACGACAUAACAUCUGAUGCGCUAAAAUGUUUGGUUUACUUACAAAGCUUAACCCUUGAUCAAAACUUUUUGGAGCAUUUACCUGCGGACUUAUUUCACGGUAAUGAAAUGAUGCUCCAUUUGGAUUUAUCGAAUAACCCAUUGAAGGAUUUCAGUGUUGACUUAUUACCAGAACAGUUAAUUAGCUUUAAUAUAAGUAAUAACGUACUGGACAUUGAUUCUUGGUCAUGGAUUCAAAAUUUAGAAACGGCGGAUUUAAGUAACACUACAAUAAGUGAUAUCUGCAUUGGAAGUUUCACAAAGCGGUUAUAUUUAAAUCACAAUCACUUUAGCAGUCUUAAAGAGAGUAAUUUACAAAAUGCAACCAACCUCUUGGAAUUAGAGCUUAGUUAUAAUAGCAUACAGAGAUUGCCAAAAGAUGUUUUUAAAAGUGUACGAAAAUUAGAGAAACUAAAUUUAAGUCAUAACAACUUGAGUGAUAUUCCUAUUGGAAGUUUUAGUGAGCUCGUCCAUUUGUCAGAAUUGCGAUUGUCGAAUAAUGCCUUAGCCGACAUAGAAUUUGGCACGUUUUCGGGCCUCGAUAACGUCAGUAGUCUUUACUUGGACCAUAAUAAUUUAACGUCUCUCCCUGAGAAAUCGUUUUAUGUGCUCCGAAAAUUAAAAUUUUUGUACAUUGAUAAUAAUCACAUUCACGAAUUAGAUGUAAAAGAGUUAUUGAGGCAAACAUCUCACUUGAACCACAUAUCUAUUAACGUUAACAGUUGGAAUUGCAAAAAAUUGUUUAACGUGAUAACACUUUUAACGGUUUACAAAGUGAAUUUUGAAAAUGGUACCAAUUAUAGUAUUGAAAAUGUAAACGGUAUCGGAUGUACAGACAAAGACGAUUUUGGACAUUCGCAGUUAACGCCAAUAAAUAUCACUCAAGAUUCCUACACUUCUUUGGUUGCUAAAAUUUCUAGAUACUUUGACAAUGAGUUUAAAAACUCUUCUUUUUACAAAUUCUUCCAACAAUCGCCUACAAACCCUUCGCAGCAAAGUGGUUCAAUAAAUUUUUUUAAAUAUCACAAUAAGAAAGAAGACGAGUCGAACAAAUCUGAAUUUGAGAGCAAAGACAGUAAUGAAGAUGAAUAUAACGCAAAUGGGACAACUGAGCCUACGGAAGAGAACUCGAGCAGUGAAACGGAUGAACCAACGAGUACGACAACCGAGGACGAUUUCAAUUCUUCGGCGACCGAGUCGGAUUAGAACUAUCAAAUUCCAAUAUGCUCAAAGUUUAAUAAAAAGCUUUGCAGAUUAGGUAUUUCUUUCAUUCAUUAUUUUUAUGUCUAUGUAAAUUCACUUUACUAAUUUCGAUGCUUUGGUCGAAACGUGUAUAGGAAUUACCUAUUUUGAAUUAUACUUACUAAUUAUCAACCAUAUCAGUCGUAUUAUAUAUAAUUGUAUUUUAGUUAGUUUUUUUCCUGUAUGUAGUUCAUAUUGUAUUUACUUACUGUUCAA